GCGCUCACUGGCUGCGUGUCAGUGCAGUCGACUUACAGCGGGGCUGUGAGGAGAACUGGCGCCACCCUUUUGUCCCUAAAUACAACUCUUUUCAUACGCUAAAACUUCUUAAAGUUUCUUUAAACUCGCGCUCGAGUACUUCUACUCGCUUGGUUCUCGAGGAGGUCGGGUUAAACUAGUUAUUUUCGCUCUGUUUUAAGUUGAAGGCUGGGCCUUUACUCGCGCUCCUGACGAGAGAAAAAGAGAAGCCGCUCUUUCUGCGAUUAAAAGUCCAUAAAUGCUUUUUACCAAAAUGGACCUGUUGAACUACCAGUACUUGGACAAGAUGAACAACAACAUUGGCAUCCUGUGCUACGAAGGUGAGGCUGCUCUGAGAGGCGAGUCCAGAAUGCCGGCCCUGUCCCUGUCCUCUGCAGUCAGCAAUCACAGGACGGGCCCUCCUCCCAUCAGCCCCAGCAAGAGGAAGCACAGCGGGGACCAAGCAGACGACAGCAUUGACUGUAACAGCGAGCAUGUGGCCAAGAUGAGCCGGCUGUUUGCCGCACAGUUAGGCAAGUCUGCCAGUGGGGACUACCGCAAGGACCCCCGGGAUCGCAGCCGCAGCCCCAUAGAGCGCAUCGGCGCCUCCCCGAUGAGUCUCGUUGGUGGUCACCUGUAUGCCCACAUGCCCAGCCUGGCCAUGGACCAGCCUCUCGCACUGACCAAAAACAUGGACGCCACCCGCACUGUCACCAUCUCGCCCACUGUCAGCCCCGUCGAGCGCCAACAGAAUCGUCCCUCUGUGAUCACAUGUGCCCCAGCGAACAACCGUAACUGUAACCUCACCCACUGCACCGUCUCUCACAACGGCUGCUCACCCAGCCUGACUUCAAGCUACCGCAGAGCCUCCAACUCGAACACGGCCUGCGACCCUGUCAUCGAGGAGCAUUUCCGCCGCAGCCUGGGCAAGAACUACAAGGAGCCCGAGCCGGUCACAAACUCGGUGUCCAUCACCGGCUCGGUGGAUGACCACUUCACCAAGGCACUGGGAGAGACGUGGCUGCAGAUCAAGGCCAAGGGCAGCUCCUCGGCGAGCCCAGACUCCUCCACCAAUGGCCACAUGGUCAACCACAAUCACUCCCCUUCCCUCGUGUCUUGAGAAGUGGACCGGCGAACCCCAUCCCGCCGCUUCUUCCCGCCGCUUCUCUCUCAAAGCAUGCAUGUUUUAGCAGAGCUGACGCAUAGCUAUGUACAUAAAAGAACGCAAGACAAGGAGGUGCUCCUUUAACUUUCACUUGUGCUUUUGACUCAUUUUCUUUUGUAAGUAUGCUAGUAUACUUUAACUUGGCUGUUGCGUUAUGGGAUGCCCAUACCUGUUUUUUUUUUUUUUUUUGAGUUAAAGAUCAGCCAGACACUAUCGAACCAUCCGCCUCAGAUACCAAAGAAACCGCUGAUGCAAACCUUUCACCCAGAAGCCAUUGUUCCAUCGCACUCUGUCAAUCUUUCUCGCUCUCUCCCGGUUGUGUCCUGAAUCUGUUCUUGUAUACUUGAAGCGGAAGGCCUGGACUGAUCUUGCACUGUAGAUGGACUGAUGUGAGUGUAGCGUCGAUGGGAUGUUCAGAAGAUGUUUGGCAGGUGCUGCGGUUCACGUGGCUUUCGCAGGAAACCUUGGUCAGGGGAGGGAACCCGUUUUCAGUCGCUUGGGCUCUGGCUUCUCUACGGCGCUGACACAACUGGACUGCGGCAGAUGUGGGCAUUCUUCUCGUUUCAGAUGGGUCUUUCCCAGGCACUGUGGUUUCAGUAGAGUAGACUAAAGGUUUAAGGGUAAGCUAGUGCUUAUAAGUGCAUGUUUUAAAAAUAGCUG